CGGAAGUGUAUAAUUUUCAAGUGGAGUAUUGAGACUCUUUAGAGAUAUCCUACCCACCCCUUUAUAAAUAAACACAAUACCCCAAGGGACAGAGGCAGCAAGCAAACAUGGGUAUUGCAGUUUUCAUUGCUUUGGCCGUAUGUUUGCCUUUCAGUUUUUGGUGCCUAAAAUUGCUCUACUUUGUAUGGUGGCGUCCCAAAACAGUAGAAAAUGAACUGCGGCAGCAAGGAAUAUAUGGGCGUCCCUAUAGAUUUCUAUUUGGAAAUCUAAAGGAGAUGAUAGAGAUGAAUAAAAUAGCCAAGUCUAAACCCAUGCCAUUGCACCACGAUUUCACACCUCGACUUAAUCCAUUGUUCUAUGAACUGGCCACCACUUACAAGAAACUUUACUUGUUUUGGCUAGGACCGAUACCUCGAUUAACCAUUUUGGAUCCCAAGUUAAUUAAGGAAGUACUGUCAAACAAAUCGGGUGAGUUCAGAAAACCAAACAUCAGCGCUUUCCUGAAGCUAUUUGUAACGGGGCUGGGGACUUACGAUGGUGAAAAAUGGGCGAAACACAGAAAAAUUCUUAAUCCGGCUUUCCACAUGGAAAAAUUGAAGGUGAUGUUGGGAUUAUUUGUUAACUGUACCGAUGACAUGAUAAGCAGAUGGGACAAGCUAACUGGUUCAACGGGUGGUUCUUGUGAAGUAGAUAUUUCUCAAGAAUUUCAUAAUUUAACUGGAGAUAUGCUAUCGAAAGCAGCCUUCGGUAGCAAUUUUGAAGAAGGGAAGUUGGUAUUUUCACUUCUGAGAGAGCAAUGUGAACUAAUUUUCACUGCAAAGCUUGCUAUUAAUGUCUUCCCAUGGUUAAGGUUUGUGCCAACGAAAACUAAUAGGAGAAGAUUGUACAUCUAUAACACAGUUCGUAGUUCGCUAAAAGCAAUAAUUGAGAAACGAGAGAAAGAGGUACAAUCUGGAAAAUCACACAAUGAAGAUCUGUUGGGUUUGCUAAUGAAAUCUAAUCAGGAAGAACAGCAAGGGAAUAAGAACUCGAACAAAGGAAUGAGUACAGAGGAUAUGAUAGAAGAGUGCAACUCUUUCUAUUUUGCUGGUCAAGAGACUACUGCAACUUUGUUAACAUGGACUGCAAUUGUCUUGACUAUGCAUCCAGAUUGGCAAGAGAAAGCCAGGAAAGAAGUUCUUGAAGUCAUUGGAAAAGAUGAGCCUAAGUUUGAUCAACUCAACCAUCUAAAGAUUGUAACUAUGAUCUUGCACGAGGUUCUGAGGUUAUAUCCAUCAGGUUCUCUUGUUAGAGAAACAAACAAAAAGACAAAGCUUGGAGAGUAUACAAUCCCAGCAGGUGCGCAACUUUUAGUUCCUCUACAAACAAUCCAUCGCGAUACAGAGGCAUGGGGAGAAGAUGCUCUAAUUUUCAAUCCAGAAAGGUUUUCAGAAGGGGUAUCAAAAGCAUCAAAGGACCUGAUGUACUUUCCGUUUGGUUGGGGUUCUCGGAUAUGCCUUGGAAUGAAUGUUUCCAUGAUUCAAGGGAAGCUUGUUUUGGCUAAAAUCUUACAGAACUACUCCUUUGAGCUUUCCCCCUCCUAUGCUCAUGGUCCAACCAUGCCAGCUCUUGUUCUACAACCACAAUAUGGUGCUCCUAUGAUCCUUCGAAAGCUAUCAUGAUAUUGGUCACCCUAACAUGAAUCAAUAAAUCACUUCUCUGUUUCCUAUUGUUGUGAACUUUUCUUCAUUCUAUCCACAAACAGGAUUUGCUGGUUUUACAGCAAUCUCAAGUUCACAUCAUUACAUGAUGCUUAAAUUACAUGUUUGUUUUCAGAAUCUGUGUUGAAUCUUAUUAGCUAAAUCUGAGGCAAAAUGGGUUAAUGAAGUGACUAAUUUAGUUUUUUGAGUGUU